CACAAUUGUAAGUAUUAGGUGUCGCCAUCCUUAAAAAUGACUAUGGACCAUUUGCUUCGUUCUUUAAUCAUCAUCGGCUUGGCUAUUCAGCUUUGCGAUGGAACAUGCUACUGGAGUGAACCAAAACAAAAAAAGAUAUCAAUCAGCUCAUGUUCAACUAGUAGUUCUUCAACUACUGUUAGAACAUCAUCGAAAUUCAAUGUUUUAGAUUCAAAGGCUAAAAUUGAAGAUCUUGAAAAAGGUCUGAAAAAAAUUAGCACCAACUCUCGAGAAGAUAACAGUGAGGAAAAUGAUGAAAGUCGUGAAGACUUAGAAUAUAGGGAUAGYCAAUCAUCACGGAAAUUACAAAGAUUUGUUCAAAGCCGCGUUCUUUCUAAAAAAAUUAAGAAAACACUAAAAAAGUCUGCUAAAAAGAUCUUAAGGAAAAAUAUUGUUCCUUUGGUCACAAACAAAAUUGUUGGGUCUGUCAUGACCAGAUCUACUGGUAAUGACUUUGAAAAAAUGAUGCUGCAAAGUAGAGGCGCAACUAUUACAUCAAGCACAAACACUAUGGGUAUCAAUGGAAACAUAUUUCUGACAAUACCAGAAGGAUAUGUAGCCAGUACAACGACAAUAGCAACAACUAGGUAUUUAACUAACGAAGAAGCUAUUCGUUUAGGACUUUUGAGUAAUACAUUAGUUAGUGGAAGCCAAACAUAUUCGUCUAAUCAAAAUGGUGCACAAUUUAGUUCAUCGGGAAGUAGUGCUAGUAGGUCUAUCAAUAGUGGGAUGACGCUAGAACAAAACAAUGGAAAUUUAUAUUAUUUAAAUAGUAAUACUGGGAAUAUCGCAAGAUCAGGGAACUUAAAUAGUAUUGAUGGAAAUUCACAAUAUUUUARUAAAUAUACAUCAGUGCGUAAUAAUAUGAACAAUAAUAUGCAUUAUACAAAUAAUAAACAUACUAUGGGUAGAUUGAAUAAUUUAGAAAGAACUCAUUCGUUGCAGCAUAAAAUUAAUCAACUUAAAACAUCAAAUAAUGGUGAAGAUAAUACAAUUAAUGGUGACUAUAAAAAUAACCAAUUAUUAGGUGUUACAAAUAAUUAUAGAAAUGUUGAAACUUCUGAACGUAUCAAUCAACUAAAAUUAAAUGAUAAUAAUGAAAUAAAUAAGAGCAUUAAUAGUUAUCAAAUUAAUCACUUACGUAAAACAGUAAAUUCAAAACAUAUUCAAAAAGGUAGCACUAAAAACGAUGCUAUAAAAUCUAAUAGACGCGAUUUUAAUAAAUUAAAUUAUUCAAAAUCUUUUGAAGACUCAAAUAAUGACCAAAAUAAUAUAUCAAACUCAAUAAGUAAAGAAAUCGUAAAGAGUAACGAAGAUGGAGAUGAUAAAACAGAGGAUAAAUACGAUGAAAAUGAUAAAACUGAGAAUAAUGACAGUGAAAAUGAUAAAGUUGAGAUAAUCAAAGAUGAAAAAGACAAAAGUGAAUAUGAUGAUSAAAAUGACAACACUGAUGAUAACAAUGAAAAUGAUAUAACUUAUGAUAACAAUGAAAAUGAUAUAACUUAUGAUAACGACGAUGAGGAUGAUGACAGUGAAGAGCAAGAAACAUUAGAAGACGAAGUAUCGGUAUAUGAAUAUUUGAAUACAUUCCAGAAGUUUAGAUUUGAUAAUGGUUUGAAUUCUAUUGAUAUAAUAAGAGAAGUUUUAAGUCAAUUAGAUUAUCAACGGUACAAACUCAUGGAUGAUAUUAUAUAUCCUCAGGACUCCACACGUUAUGUCAUAGACAAUGAAGAGUUCGAUUUUAUCAUAAUUGGUGGUGGUAAUGCGGGAAGCGUUCUAGCAAACAAGCUAUCUGAAAAUAUAAAAUGGAAAGUAUUAUUAAUUGAAGUAGGCGGAGACGCCUUACCUACAACUCAAGUUCCUUGUUUAUGGGACAGAACACUAAAUAGUGUUGCAGACUACCAGUAUAAAAUACAACCAGAUAAUACAACUGGAUUUGGACUUGAUGGCAAUAUGAUAAUACAUAAAGGAAARUGUUUAGGAGGAAGCAGCACCACAAGUGCUCAAAUUUAUGUUAGAGGAAGUGAACAGCUAUACAAUUCUCUUGUUCAAAAAGGCUUAAAGGAUUGGUCUUACAAUACAACGGAGACUUACUUCAAUAAGGUCGAAAAAAUUCGCUUUAUUACAAAAACUGAAACAAACACUACUAUUUAUGGAAAAUGUGGACUUAUCCCUGUUAGCAAAUUCCGAAAAACUGAAGUAACCGUUUUGGAAAAAAUUUUAUGUUCUGGUUUUGAACACAUAGGUUGUAAAAAAGAAAGUGACAUCAACAAAAAAGACAUUGAAGUUGGAUUUGUUUCAAUGCAAGGAAUAAUAAGGAACGGUAGGACUAUUAAUACUGCUAAGGCAUAUCUGAGCCCAACUUUCGGCCGUAAAAACUUAAAAGUUAUGAAAUAUUCUAGAGUUACAAAACUUAUAAUAAAUAAAAUAGAAAUGAAAGCGACCGGAGUUGAAGUACAGACAAAAUUCGGUCAAACUUUAACACUGAAAUCUAAAUUAGAAGUUUUACUCUGUGCUGGGGCUAUUGGUUCUGCUCAGAUAUUGUUAGCCUCAGGUAUUGGGCCUAAAAAGCAUUUGUCCGAAAUGGAAGUUCCAGUGGUCAAAGACUUAAACGUAGGUCAGAAUUUACUAAUUACUCCAGUAUUUACUGGCKUUGUUAUCUCMUACGACAAAUCAAUUGUUUGCAACCAGACAGAUGAAGAAAUUGCAUUCAAAUAUUUAGCUAGAAAUUCGGGACCCUUAAGCAGACCAAAUGGUAUGAGCUUUGGUGGAUUUUUAAACACUGGUAUGUCUGGAUCUUCAUUCGCUGAUAUUGAAGUUCAUCAAUUUUAUAUUCCCAAAAACUCGUAUUCAAAAUUAUGCCAACUAAAAUCAAUUUUUGGAUUUAGUGAUAAUUUAUUGUCGGUGUAUGCGAAAUUGAAUCACGAACGUGCUAUUUCUAUUUUUACAAUAGCUUUGAUAAACACAAAAAGUAUUAGCAAAAUUCUUUUGAGAAGUAAGAACCCAUUGGACAGUCCGAUUAUUGUUGGCAAUAUGUUGACUGAUAAKCGCGAUGUAAAAAGUUUUCUAGAAGCCAUCAAAUUACUUUCCAAAAUUGAGAACUCUGAUGGAAUGAAGUUAGUAAAUGCGAAGUUAGAAGGUAUUGAUCUUGACGGAUGUGCAAAAUACAAAAAAAAUACCAAUGAACACUGGGAGUGCUUAUUAAAAUAUAUGGUGUCUACAACGUCAAGUACUGCUGGAUCGUGUCGUAUGGGAUUAAAAACUGAUUCUGAUGCUGUUGUUGACAGCGAACUGAACGUGAUUGGUAUUUCUAAUUUGAAGAUAGUGGGUCGAUCAGUUUUACCAUUUAUUACUAGUGCUUACAGUCAAGUGCCUUGUAUUAUGGUCGCUGAAAAGGCAUAUGAUAUAAUAAAAAGUAAAUACAAUUAACAUCCAAACUACUCAAUUGAGCAAAUUGAAUAUAAUUUUAGAAUAUGGCACUGUGCAUUAUUACGAUAUUCAUUAAAAAUAAGAAGGAAUCAAGUUCUCUUUACCUAAAAUAAAUAAAUAAAAUACUUAGUAUAUUAAAC